AUGGCGGGAGCGGCGGAUGCGGAGCCGAGCCACGGCCGCAGGCGCUACGUGAAGCUGGGCAAGGAGGAGAAGGACGGGGACGCGCCGGUUGCCGGCGCCGAGGACAUCCGCCCCGGCGAGCUCAACCAGGCCGUCCAGUUCAAGGUGAGGAAGUGCGACGUGUGCUGGCAGGAGCUGCCGCCGGGCUACCAGCUCCCCGCCGACGAGCCCUGGGCCACCGGGAUCUUCGGGUGCGCCGAGGAUCCCCAGAGCUGCUGGACUGGGUUACUAUGCCCUUGCGUGCUGUUUGGACGUAACGCCGAGGCUCUUGAUGGAAUCCCAUGGACGAGACGUUGCGCUUGUCAUGCUGUUUGUGGUGGAGGUGGCACCGCACUGGCUAUCCUAACACUAACAGGGGUACUGAAUAGUGUUCUUGACCCACACUUAUCAUACCUGAUUGGUGAAGGGCUACUGUCUUGUUGGAUCAUAUCUUGUGCCUGCCUCUCUUCUCCCCGCGAAAACCUUCAGAAGAAAUACCAUCUCAAGGAUUCUCCAUGCAAUCCUUGGCUGGUUCAUGGCACUCUGCACUGCUGCGCCAUUUGCCAGGAGCAUCGCGAGAGGAAAGGCCGGCUUGAUGCCCAGAGCGUUGCUCCAGCGACCAUCAUGAACCCACCGCCGGUGCAAGAGAUGAGCAUGGUUGAGAUUGGCCCUUCAGCCUCGGCACCAGAGAGUGAAGCACCGGAGACUGCGCAUGGCAAUGCUGAGGUUGAGGUCAUCCCUCUGUAGAGCGAGAGAGUGAUCAUAUCAGCGUACAAGCGCAUACCUAGCAUUUAGCAGGAAGUGCAAAACAGGCCUGGAGUAGUCUUGGUGGAUUUUAAUUAGUGCUGAAAUAGAGAUACAGUAA